CAGUAGCGACCCAGUGAGAAACGCGGAGGGUUGAGGCUUGAGUCCUUUCUUCUCAGCCAGGGCUUCGCAUAAUUUGCUCUUAGAAAUCGGCUACCUUUUCUCCCGUGAAUCAAUAUUGCUUCGGUUUUCCUCAGGACUGCCGAGUUUGUCUCUCCUUGGGAGGGCGCGAAGCCUUCCGGUAGGGUGCCUUCGGCUUUCGCCCAAGUCGUUUUGCAGGCCCGUCGGUGUUGUUUGGAACCCCUGGGCCUUGGGGAUCACAACUGCCUGUGAGAGGAAGGAAGCGAGGGGAAGAAAACCUGGGUAGACGGGAGUCCCUUCCCUACCCCCCUGGAGCGGUGUUACUACCUCGGAUUGCCGCGUUACCUCUUGGCCGGAGAGGCGCCAGGCGGCAGUCGGUUUGUUUGCCCGUUAUGCAGUGUUACCGGGAAAACAUCCCGUUUGAGACGCACGUUGCCGCAGCUGAAGUGGAGGAUGGAUUGAUUUCUAGGUUAUAGCUAAGUAGUUAGGGUGGCCUUGAGUUGUUGAUUCGGAUUGAGAUUAGAUUCCACCAGAUGCCAUUCUUAGAGUUUUACAGAGAGAAUCACAACAUUUUAGAACGGAAAAAUACCUUAGUAGAAUAGUGGUUCUUAACUUUUGGAAUACACAGCUAUGAUUAAGUUUAUUAUUGGCUUCAUAAUCUAUUGUAUUGCUGUAUUAUAGUUUAACUAUCCCUCUAUCCCUAGGUUGAAUUUACCAUUUUUUCACUAUUGCAAAUAAUUUUCCUAAAUUGCUAACAUUUUCAGUUUUUAUUUUCUCUGUUUUAGGUUAUUUCCUUAAGAUAUAUUUAUGUGAGUGAGAAAUCUAUGGACUUUCUCAGAAGAAUGCUAUCAGCCACAGACAACUUCAAGAGGUCACAGUUUUUGAAUUACACCUAGAGAUCCUAGGUUAAAAACAAUGGUUAGAGGAGGCGGAAUUAAAGUGGAUCACUUUCUCUGUGUCAGAUGCUGGAUUAGGAAUCUGAAAUAAACAAGAAAGCAUGAUGUCUUCACUAUGUUCUGAAUAUACAAUUGGUGGGGUGAAGAUUAACUUUCCUUGUAAAGCUUACCCAUCACAGCUUGCUAUGAUGAAUUCUAUUGUCAGAGGAUUAAACAGUAAGCAGCAUUGUUUGUUGGAGAGCCCCACAGGAAGUGGAAAAAGCUUAGCCUUACUUUGUUCUGCUUUAGCAUGGCAGCAAUCUCUUAGUGGGAAGCCAGUGGAUGAGGGCUUAAGUAAAAAGGCCGAAGUACCAUUGUCAUGUUGUUGUACAUGCCAUUCGAAGAAUUUUACUAACAAUGACCUUAUGAACCAAGGAACGUCACGCCAUUUCAGUAGUCCAAGUACACUACCUUCUGAAAGAAAUAUGACUUCAUUAGCUUCUCAAGAUUCUCCUGAAAAAAACACGUUGGCUGCAAAGUUAUCAGCCAAAAAGCAGGCAUCGGUAUGCAGAAAUGAAAAUGAUGAUUUUCAAGUAGACAAGAAAAGAAUUCGCCUCUUAGAAACGACACAGCAGAUUAGAAAACGUCAUUGUUUUGAAAAGGAAGUACACCAUUUGGAUGCAGAAGUUGCUUCAGGAAAGCCCAUAAAACUGAACUCUCCAUCAGGAAAUAUAAACUUCUUUUCCCCAAAAACUCCCCCUGGCCACUGUUCUAGGUGCUCUUGUUCCACUAAAGAAGGCAACAGUCAAGAUUCUUCAAAUGCCAUUAAGAAGGAUCAUGGAGGGAAAUCGAAGAUACCCAAAAUAUAUUUUGGAACACGCACACACAAGCAGAUUGCUCAGAUUACUAGAGAGCUACGGAGGACAGCGUACUCAGGGGUCCCAAUGACUAUUCUUUCCAGCAGGGAUCAUACUUGUGUCCAUCCUGAAGUAGUUGGUAACUUUAACAGAAAAGAAAAAUGCAUGGAAUUUCUAGAUGGAAAAAAUGGAAAAUCCUGCUAUUUUUAUCAUGGUGUUCAUAAAAUUAGAGAUCAACAAACAUUACAGACUUUCCAAGGGAUGCACAAGGCCUGGGAUAUAGAAGAACUUGUCAGCCUGGGGAAAAAACUAAAGGCAUGUCCAUAUUACACGGCACGAGAACUGAUAGAAGAUGCUGAGAUAGUCUUUUGUCCCUAUAACUAUCUUCUAGAUCCACAAAUAAGGGAAAGUAUGGAUAUCAAUCUGAAAGAACAGGUUGUCAUUUUAGAUGAAGCUCAUAAUAUUGAGGACUGUGCUCGGGAAUCAGCAAGUUACAGUAUAACAGAAGUUCAACUUUGGUUUGCUCGAGAUGAACUAGAUAGUAUGGUAAACAAUAAUAUAAGAAAGAAAGACCAUGAUCCUCUCCGAGCUGUGUGCUAUAGUCUCAUUAAUUGGUUAGAAGUUAACUCUAAACAUCUUGUAGAAAGGGAUUAUGAAUCAUCCUGUAAAAUAUGGAGUGGAAAUGAAAUGAUCAUUCAUUUACACAAAAUGGGCAUCACUUCUGCUACUUUUCCCAUUUUGCAGGGACAUUUUUCUGCUGUCCUUCAAAAAGAAGAAAAAGUCUCAUCAAUUCAUAGUAAGGAGGAAGCAAGAGAAAUACCUGUUAUUAGUGCUUCAACUCAAAUAAUGCUCAAAGGACUUUUUAUGGUACUUGAUUAUCUUUUUAGGCAAAAUAGCAGAUUUGCAGAUGAUUAUAAAGUUGCUAUUCAACAGACUUACUCUUGGAUAAAUCAGACUGAUAUUUCAGAUAGAAACGGGUUCUUUGCUCUACCAAAAAAUAAGAAACGUUCUCGACAGAAAACUGCAGUUAAUGUGCUAAAUUUUUGGUGCUUAAAUCCAGCUGUGGCCUUUUCAGAUAUUGAUGACAGAGUUCGGACAAUUGUUUUGACAUCUGGAACGUUAUCACCAAUGAAAUCGUUUUCAUCAGAACUUGGUGUUACAUUUUCUAUCCAGCUGGAGGCUAAUCAUGUCAUUAAUGACUCACAGGUUUGGGUUGGCACCAUUGGAUCAGGCCCUACAGGACGGAAUCUCUGUGCUACCUUCCAGCACACUGAAACGUUUGAGUUCCAGGAUGAAGUGGGGGCACUUUUGUUAUCUGUGUGCCAAACUGUGAGCCAGGGAAUUUUGUGUUUCUUGCCAUCUUACAAGUUGUUAGAAAAAUUAAAAGAACGUUGGCUUUCCACUGGUUUAUGGCAUAAUCUGGAGUUGGUAAAGACAGUCAUUGCAGAACCACAAGGAGGAGGCAAAACUGAUUUUGAUGAGUUACUGCAGGUAUACUAUGAUGCAGUCAAAUACAAAGGAGAGAAAGAUGGAGCGCUCCUGGUAGCAGUUUGUCGUGGUAAAGUGAGUGAGGGUCUGGAUUUCUCAGAUGACAAUGCCCGUGCUGUCAUAACAAUAGGAAUUCCUUUUCCAAAUGUGAAAGAUCUACAGGUUGAGCUAAAGCGUCAGUACAAUGACCAGCAUUCAAAAUUGAGAGGUCUUUUACCUGGUCGUCAGUGGUAUGAAAUUCAAGCAUACAGGGCCUUAAACCAGGCCCUGGGCAGGUGUAUUCGACACAAAAAUGAUUGGGGAGCACUCAUACUAGUGGAUGAUCGCUUCAGAAGUAACCCAGGUCGCUAUAUAUCUGGACUUUCUAAAUGGGUACGGCAACAGAUUCAGCACCAUUCAACAUUUGAAAGUGCACUGGAGUCCUUGACUGAAUUUUCCAAAAAGCAUCUAAAGGUCAUUGAUGUAUCCAUACAGGACAGAGAGUCUAUACAGGACAAUGAGUGUAUACUUGAAGUGGCCUGUUUGAAGGACAACACCCCAACUUCUUUUUUGGAAGUAGAAAGUCAUCUGUCACCAGAAAAUCCUAGGAAAGAUGAUGCAAAAAUGUGUGUUCAGGAGCUUCAGUGUCCUAAAAUGAUAACUAAAAAUUCAUCUCCACCAAAUGGCAUCAUCUCCAGAAAGGAGAAAAAUGAUCCAGUAUUUUUGGAAGAAUCUGUCCAGGCAAUGAAAGGAGAAAACAAGGUGAUUUCCAGAUCCACAAGCCCAACCUUCAGCAAACAAGCAAACAGAGUUAGUUGGUCUAGCUUUCAUUCUUUUGGACAGUAUUUUACUGGUAAAAUACUGACUGCAACACCUGAGCUCAGGACAUCAGAGGACUGUAACUUUAGUACUUCUACUGUCAAAAUAGAAAAGAUGGAAAGUAAAACUGUUUUGCCACUCACUGAUAAAUGUGAGUCCUCAUCUCUGACAGUAAACACAUCACUUGAGCCAUGCCCUCAAUCGGAAAUCAUAGUUUCACCAAUAAAGAUUGAUUUUGCUCUUACUGAAAAAAAUCAUCCAAAACAGCUGCUCUGCUGUGAAAAAACGCUGAAUCCGGACAUUGAAAUGUCUCUAGUAAGUGAAGAAACUAAACUUUCCACUUCAAAUAGAUCCUUUGAAACAGAAGCAGAAGAUGAAUCUAUCUACUUUACACCUGAACUUUAUGAUCCUGUAGAUACAGAUGAAGAGAAAAAUGAACUAGUUGAAACUGAUAGAGGCAAUAGACUGGCUAAUAUAAAUUACAUUUUAGCAGAGGACCUUUUUGAAAAUAAAACUAUGAAAGGAGUGGAUUCAGUCAGUGAAAUGAAAGCUGAGGAUUGCACACAUACAAAAUUGAAUAGAAUCAUACAUACUGAAGAAAGUAAAAUUGACAGCAUUGAUGAUAAUAUAAAAACAACUAAUAUAAAUGAGUUGGAUCUUGGAAAAACUCAUGAAACAGAUAUAAAGAACUUUAAACAGUCUCCUUCCAAAAAUAAAGGUGCGUUCCUUGUGUUAGGUAGCGGUACUUAACUCUCAAGCUAUAAAAAUAUGUUAUCAUGCUUAUAUAUUAAACUCUAUUAUAAAUAAUAAUUUGUACAUUGGGUAAGUGGUUUAUGUUUUUUUAAAUUUGAGAGAUAUUUUUCAUUUUAAUUCAUUGUCAUCAGAUUUUCAAGUCUAUUUUAUAUUUAGAAAUGUAAGUUUUACUAUUCUCGAGUUUUGAUAAAGUGAUUUAUGCAAAAUAUUUUCUUCCAACAAGUCUUCCUUAGUAAAUGCAAUAUAAAAUUAAUCCAUCUGAAAGAUAUUUAGUGUUUCCUAGGGCAGUGUAGAUGUCACAUAAGUGUUGUAUUUUGUAGUCCCCUUCAUCCAUUUGUUUUCACACAUAUAUAAAAAUUAAAAGUCUAACCUAGUCAUACUUCAGCCAUGCUUCAUGUAGAUUUUACUGCACAUCAGUCUGAAUGUUUUUAGAAAUCAAACUUUGUCUUGAAAAGUUUAUUUCCCUAUUAACCUUGCCUAUUUAUAAAUAACAAGAAAACUUAAGGAAGUAAACAGCAUGCUUUUUUUUAGUUCUUUUUUUACAUUUUUUGUUUGAUAAAUCAAAAUCAAGCAUGUUGUAAACAAAUUUAUGUAAAGUUAUAAAGUGCCAAACGAAGGACUCCAAAUUUUUUAUUCUAAUUAUUUAGCCUUGUCAUUGUGGGGGAAAAAAAUGACAUGUUCUGGUAUAAAGGCUUUAGUUAUGCCACUGUUGAGAUACAAAAUUUUAUAUAUAAAUUUGAUAAGCAAACCCAAUUAUAUAACUGCAACUGAAUACAUUCCCUUAUAGCAUAGCAAGUAUUUCUCUGAAUUUUGGCUCUGCUUGUAUUUUUGUGAAUGAAGCUAUACUUCUGAUUAUAAUGUUUAUAAAAGAUGCUCUUUUCUGAUAUCAUUCUGUAAGUACAUUCACUGAUCUUUUUCUGAGUAGCAUCUUGUUAUUCUAUGGAUAUUUAGGUGUCUUGUGAGUUAUUUGAAUUGAAAUUUUAUGAGCUGUUUAAGUUGUGUGUGUGGUCUAUUAUUUUCAAGCCAGAAUUGCCCGUAAUCAGAUAUUUUUUACAUUCAUUCACAUAAAAAGAAUUCUUAUAUAGACAUAUGUUUACUUUUACUUUGAUGACAUUUAGUUUUAAUACAGCUUGUUUCUAUGGCAUAUGGAUGUUACAACUCUAAGCAUAAUUCAGUGAAAUUUAAAUUGAUUAUUUGUCAAUUAAAGAAUUCAUCUAUACCUUGGGAUAUGUUAGAUCCCACCUAGUGUUAGAUAUUUUUCUUAGUUGAUAGAUGAGUAAUAAGUUAAAAGCACUAGAUUAGAAAGUAAUUUCUAAAUUGUUUUGAAAGGGUGCAACCACUUCCCCCUUUGGUAUUAUUCUUAUAACACAGAUAAGGGUAAUAUGAUAGUGGAAAGAUUACCAGGUGAAAAUCAAGAGACUUAGGCUCUAUUCCUGGCUCUGCCACUAAUUUGCUAAGUAAUGUUGGCAAUCACCAUGGGAAUUAGUUUCAUCUGUGAAGUACAGCAUUUAGUACUAUAAAGUCAUGCAAAUCUGUUUCAGCUUUAAAAUUCCAUAAUUUAAAGAAAGAUUUGUUCAUAUCAUAUUGAGUCAAUUUUCAUUUGUUUUUAUUCUGUAAUGCUUAAAAUAAAGCAUACCAUUUUGUAGAAAAAGUGAAAUGACUUUCUGCCUUUAGGGAACAGUUAUAUGAAUAGGUACAUAAUAACUUCAGAAACUAGGUAUUUAUUUUAACAGUGCUGCAAGUAAAACAUUUUUGAGAUUUUUAAAAUUACCUUUUGAAGAAUUGGUAAACUACAUGAAAAAAUCAAGCACAUUAUUUUAUAGUCUCAUUUCAGUGUUAUUAACUAGAUAUGAUUUUUUAUUUCUUUCUGAAAUCAAAUUCUCUCAGAGACUAAAAAUUUCCAUUACUGAAAACGUGCAUAGAGAUGUGCCACAGGCUUCAAAAAUAAUUCCAAAAGGUGUUUCAAAAAUUUCGUGCGAUGGUAACACCAUUGAAACAGGUGUGUAAUCUCCUCAGGUCAUGACUUUGACCAGGAUAAUAUUAUAAGAAGUAAACUACUGGCUUAUCUAGAGUAGAGGUGGACCAUUUUCAUUAGUUGUAACAUGCUUUGUAAGAGUUGUUUUAGAGAGUUAAGUAAGUUAAAACAAGUAAAAGCAUUUAAAAAAAUACCUGACACAUGGCUAGCUGUCAAUUAUUAGUUAAUCAAUCCCGUUUGGAUAUCAGAGUGCACCCUUGCUUUGUAUGAAGCUUUCCCUAACUCAUAGAUAGAUAAAUAGGUAGGUAGGUCAGUAGAUAGAUAGGUGGCUAGGUAGAUAAGUAGAUGGGUAGAUAAACUGAUUAUAAAGAAUUGAUGUGUAGUAGAAAGGAAUAUUAUUUGGCUGGUUUAUUUUUUAAGGUUUUAUUUUGAGAUGUAUAAAACAGAAAUUGUUUUUCAGAUAAUUUGUUUUACACAUUCAGUGUAUAUGAAAUAAUAUGAUACUGAAUUUAUUCAAGGGCUGAAAGUAUAUAGAACAUACAGGCCACGAACCAGGAAAACUACCAUUUGGAGAAAGGGCUUUAAUCAUGGAAGAAAGGUACAAUGUAAAGAGUAGAUGUUUCAUGACUUGACAUUUGAAUUCUAGGUGAAUCAUUUAAAACUUUUAGAAUUGUGUUGGAAAUUAAUGACAGCUCUUAGUAUGGUACUACUAUGUAUUUAAUUAUUACAUGGUUUUAAAUUUAGCACUAUUUCUAAGUUCACAUAAGGCUUUGUUUUUAUUCUUCCUUAUAAUUUUACUAUUCUAAACACUUUUAAAAUGCUUCUCAUAUUAUUUUUCUCAGUAUGACUGUCACGUUAUUUUUCUAUAAUAAAACAUUCAAAAUAUUAAUUUUAAGACUACUUAUAAAACUGCUUCAUAAAAUCAA